AUGCAGGUCGCUCCAUCGACGAUGAAGAUAUUCGUCGCCUGUUUCGUCACCUGCGCGCUGUUAAACCAAGAGGUCGUAUUCGCAAGCAGCCUCGACGCUUCAGAAAACAAAGAGAAUGAUGGCCAAGUAGAAGACGUAGAAUACAUAUUACCGACUACGUUGGAGGGUUUUUCGAUUAAUAAUCAUCAGAAGUAUGGAAACACAGGGCAACAGCAAAUCGAUUUAAAGACAUCGAGCGCAAAGUCGUCCGCGACGAGUUUCUCUUCGUCCACGCGAGAAACGUCAAAAAAUGCGGCGUCAUCGGCGGCGCUUUUGUCGGCCAUGAAUGAGAAACUCGACAUCGGGGAAGAGAAAGCGACACUGAAAAUGGAAGGAGGAGCUUUGCACGAAGUUCUAACCGUAAGAGAACCGUUGUCCAAGGAGAAAUCUGUUAGCAAGAGUUCAGGUACUGAGAUCAAAGGGAUUGAAAUUCCAAAAUUGAAAACUGAAAUAGGGUCGACGGAAUCCAAUUGGCACGAUAUGAAGGAGGAAUCUGAGGGCAAAGGGAAGAAACAGGUUGUUUCCAAGACCUAUGUGACGGAAGGACCGGUGGUUAAAACUUGGAGCUGGUCUACUAAGGUAAAUGAAUCGAAGAGUUCUUCCAGCGAGGAAAUACGACUUCUUAAAGAGGCAAAAAUGAAGGCUGAAGCUAGAAUUAAAUUAGAAGCAGAGGCGCGAGCGAAAGCCGAGAUGGAGGCGGUGGAAGUUCGACGGCAGCUGCAGCUUAAAUUGAAGGCUCUUAGACAGGCGCAAGCAAAGAUUCAGGAGGAGGCAGCAGCUCGAGCAAAGGCUGAAGCUUUGGUGGUGUCGGAGUCCAAAGCUUUGGUUGCCGCGCGAGCAAUUGCAGAAGCUAGUUCGGCAGCAGCUGCACAGGCGAAAGAAAAGGCGAAGGUGGAAGAAGAAGCUCGUUCUCAACUACAGACUAAAAUCGUAUCGAUACUCAAAACUCGUAGAACCAGCAAAACGGAAGUUGUAAUUACGGAAGAAAUAAUCGAGAAGGCGAAACUCUCAGCAGAAGCUUCUACAGUCGCUAGCGAGGCUGCAAAGGAAGCUGCGCGAGCAAUCAGGAUCGCGGCUAUGGCUCGAGCAAACGCCGCUGUGAAGGCCUUAGCUGUUCAGAGGGCCACCGUUGUUCAGUCAAUCGCUGUUAGUAAUGCUAACGCUGCGGCUAGUACGCUGAAGCUUGCACUUGAGCAAGCUAUAAUUUCUUCAAAAUCUGCGUUAGCUUUACAAACAGAAGCUUUUGCCAUAAUGAGCCAGGCGGUAAAGGCAGCCGUCGCCGAAGGGGCUGCUGUCGAUUACGCGAAACAUAAACUUGCGAUACUUAUAAGCGUGUCUGCUAGAGCGAAAGCUUCCUCAGAAGCGGCUGCUAGUGCGUCUGCAGCUACUGCUGUUGCGAUUAAUAAAUUAGCGAGCUUGCAGAUGAGUAAUGAGAAAAUUGCUAGCGAUGCUGCUGCCACGCAGGAAGUUACAGUUUCGAGAGCAGAAACUGCGCUCGUGGAAGUUAGAGCAGCGGCUAAGGAAGAAAUGACCUCUGUGGCUGAGGUGGAUGUUCAAGGUUCCACAAUUGAAGCUGCGGCUGCAGCUCACGCGAAUCCGAUUCAAGGCGUGAGAAAUGGAGUUGUCAUCGGAUUGGGUUUGUCUGGUACUCUAAUUAAUGAGCAGCAAGCGGAAGUACUGAGGCAGACAGUCGCAAAUUGGAAGAGUGGAGAGAAAGGAGGGAUUGGGGGUCAUUUAUUUCCAAAGUAUGAAUAA